AUGGGGGCUUCAGCGGGACUAAUACGCCGAGGCGGCGGAGUUUUUCCCGAUGCCGUUUCCCUGACCCUAACUCCUUCACGCCGAGUAUACGGCGGGAGUGGUCGCGGUGAUUUAUUGUAUGAAAAUCCCGACGCGAGGCGGCAUUCGGGACGGGCUCUUGGUGUCCUAAAUGGUGUGAGGCACUCCUCUCAGGCAACGAUGCCAGAGUCCGGUCAGCUGUAUCAUAGGAAAUUGAUUCUGCAUAGCAGGCCCCCCAACGGGUCGUGCGCAGGUCUGCAGCGGCAUUGCCAUGACACAUGCAAUUGGAGUUAUCUAAUCCCGUCCCUUCAUCGAUGUGCUGAAUCCGCCAUCAGCGCAAAACUGUGGGAAAAGAUGUGCCAGUUGGGGUUAGAAGAUAGAAGUAAGGCUUGGGUGAAUCUUACACAAUACGAACGCCAGCGCGUGCGGGACGGCCAGAACCUUUACAGAUAUGAAGUCCACCAGCGCCUCCCUCUGCUGGAAGAGUCCAUCGGUUGGGCACAGCUCGACGACCUGCUCGGGUGGUUUCGCUCGGCACGCAGAGCGUGGGUCCGGCUUCCUACUUCAGUUACCUUGUCUAGGGAAAGUAGUGAGGCAGGAGUUGCUAGUGUCGUGUCACCUUCGUCCACAAUGUCAUGUCGGCUGGAAGGACAUGCAGAUUCCCGCGAUACCACACCGGGAAGGAACCAGGUGUUCGAUACACCUGAGCGCGUAGAGCAGUUGACGGAAGCGACAGUCCAUCGCAUACGUGAAGAACUUCAGCGGCUUAACCGUUCCGAGCGAAGCGAUUGCGAGGGCAGCGCUGCAAUGCGCGCUAGUGCCCGACGUCUUGCGAGGGACGAGGAGCUCAACCGAUGCGUUGAGGAAGAACUGGGGUGGCAUGGAGUUGCACUACAGCAUCGUAUCCCAGUGCCGAAGUAA